CAUGAUGUUUCUGCUGCAAGCUAAUAACUGGUGUGCAAUGGUAACCGAGUUUAAUGUAAAAUAUAUCAAAUGCAUAAUUUCAAAUCCAUUUCGUGCGAAUACUACGACUGCGAAAAUAUAUACUAGCGGUUAACCUAAAAAUAUUUCAGAAUGUACCAUGUAGUCAAAUGUAUUGUGCCGCUCUUUGUGGUGCUUUUGAUGAUUUCUGUAGUAGCAGACGCAAAAGUUUUUGGAGCUUUGGGAUGCUGGCGCGAUCAUCCAUCAACCAAAGCAGCGUUCAGAACAGGCGUUGACGUUAUCAAAGACUUUUUGGAUGCCACCGAUGCCAAACAACCAGGAAGUUUACUGCUACUCAUAAACGAUAUAAUAUGGCCAACUAAAGAUGUGCCUGAAGAUAAUAUGUAUUGCUUUGACGAGGAAUUUCAUGGAGCUGUCCAGCUGGAAGACAGGAGAACGUAUUCAGUCCAGCUGGAAGAGUACAGAGCAACGAUCAAACAAAUCCUGAAUAUCACGUCUCGAAAUCCUCGAAAUGCAACUCUAUUAGGCCGAUUCAAAAAUUUUCAUGUAAAGAUUUCUGGCACAUCGAGUACGUUUUUCAAGGUCCACGAGAUCGAAAAAUCAUCGCUAUACUUUCGAGAAUAUUCAUUACUGCUUUUGGGCAGUCUUGCAGAAUACUUGAAUUUUUGCCGCUUUGGUAGCUGUUCGCCAGUGGAAAUGGAUAGAUGGAGUAAAACACUGGAAACCACUUGCUACAUUCUUGCAAAAUUUUCGUAUUGGUUUAUCAAGUACCUGCCAAAGAAGCUGGCCGAUGCUCUGGUGUUCGAUUCGCAAAAGCUUGAUAUGGGACAACUCGGACUCGUUAACCGAAUCAACGGUAGAAGGCUCAGCGAUUAUGACGAAAAGUUGUCAAAAUGUGGAGCAAAUGAUAACAACAACUGUAACGACUAUUCUCUGGGAGCCCUGAAAGCAGCUAGAAUCACGUUUAGAAUAAAAGCGGAAGAGUACUGGAAGGAUCUGCUAUACGAUUUCCGCACGACCUUAUUUAAAGGCUACUGCACCGCAUCACCGUGCCGCCACGAUCGCUAUCAAGAGUUUUUCAUUAAGGCCGGAGAACUGAUUGCACUGCAGUAUCAAGCUUCAAACGGAGAAAAUAAUAAGUUCUGUAGCAAUAAUUACUGCUCGACUAUGUGGAUGAGUACAGCUGGAUACAAGGAUUACGCGUAUUACCGGCAGUGCCUCGGCGACAAUAAUCUUAAUCUUGACCAGUCGUUGUGCACCGAUGAUAAUUGGAAAAUUUGCAACGCUCAGGGCAGUUGCGAUGGGAAAUCCAUUCUUCGCAACCGCGACUUUCCAGUAGCAUUGCAGUCGGCUGCAAACGGGAAAUGCCUUGACUGCUCCACACAUUCCGCUUGGUGCAAAAUGGCAUCGUGUCCCGCGUACACUGCCACAACCAUCACCGAGCAGCCCUGUCCACAAGCGGAAACUUGUACAGGACCACAGUUCCAGUUACAUAAUUUUCGAAGUGCAAACGAAGAGCCUUUGGAAGUAUUGGACGAAGUGCAUUUGGGUUAUGGUGCGGUUGAUGGUCAUGUCCGCUUAGUGUCCGGCGAUAUCUAUUCCGGUGCCUUCCUGCGCACUCAGUAUUAUAUGCGGUUGGAGCAUAAGUUUUCCGUCACAUCCAGAAAGACCGGUAUCACCCAUGGUCCCUUUUACUGCCCGACCAAGAACCACUGGAGUAUGAUGGCGGAUGAAGAACACGCAGUGUGCGCUCAAUCCUCUUUCACAAUAUUUAAAAAAAUAAGCGAGGAAGAAGUCUUAUCCCCGGAUGUUCCAAGUAAUCUACUAACAUCUCGCCUUGACGCUGAUAACAGCAUCGACACUCACAACAACCAGGAAAUCCAACGCAUUGUAGGAACGGCAAGGCAGCUGCUGGAGCACGAAAUACCAUUUAAAUAAGCACUUUUCCCGUAUGAAUGUGUCUAUGCUAAAUGGUAAUCUAAUAAUUAACAACAGUCUUCCUGAUUGGCAACAAUUUACCAGAGUUAAAGGGCUGAA